AUUGUUACGUUUGGAAAAUCCACCCUGACUUAGAAGGGCGGGUCAGGGUGUAAUUUUAAUGCCCUUAACGGCGUCAGAGUGAACGGCUGACGUCGGAGCGUCAAUGUUCCUGUUCCUUCUGUGAUGUCCGCUUUUUUGUCAACCUUACAAAGAAAUGUUUUUUCUUCCUUAUAUGUGGCUCGGUGCGUCCCGCAUUCAGUUGUGGGCAAACUUGAAUGUCGCAGCCUUUUAGUGCCCACUGUCCUGAAAAUGUUUCUGGUUAAAACCGUAGGUUGGUACCUUGAUAACUUAGUUGGGAAAAUCGUCGGAAAUGCUAUCCGUUAGGGCCGGAUAGCCUCCUUACUUCCUUUUGCCUGCCCUAGGGGUUCCCAUGUGGGCUAUGGGGGCCUUAGUUUAAUUGCCCAUGUCAUUGUUUACAUUUUCUUAUCUGUUUUGAAUUUGAAUCUAACCUGUAAUUGUCAAUCUUAGUUACCUUUCUAAACUCCCUAGUUUUCCUCUUAUCUUCUGUUUAGCGCGUAAAUUUUAAAUUUUCGUUUCCGUUUCACUUUUUUUCUGAGUCUCGUUCUUUAAAACUCCGAACGGAAAUCGUUCUAGCACUUUUGUCCUAGCUCCGUUGUGGGAGUCAUCUCGAGUGAUCAGAUUUUAGAUCAUCUCACAUUAUUGUGGAGAUUUGCGGUCAUCGAGUGUGAAAAUUUAAGUAUCGUAUGGAGUGAUUCGUUGUGAGUGCAGCUUCACUAAGAUUUUCGUGGUAAAUGCUCGCACCAUCGCCGUAGCCGAAUAGUCGGAUUCGCAGGACAAAAUUCUUUUGCUAACACGAGGAAGCCGCCCAACAUCAAAGGCUUCAAAUUGGGGGGAGUAAAACCUUCGAGGGGACCUAACAUCCCAUCAUCUCUCGUUCCGGACGUGGUCCUUCGCCGUUAUCACCAAACCCGCCAUCUGCGAGGUCAACAGCUACCUCUGAGGGAGCCCCUCAUCGAAAAGACGGUCAGGCAAGCCUUUGUUAAUUACGGAUGCGCCGGAACCCCCCUAACCUCGAGCCUUUUUGCUGUCUCGUGUGUUCUCUUUCUUCCAAUUUUUUUUGUUUGAUCGCCUCACGAUCAAAGGUAAUAUUGCUGAUCUCAUUUUGUAAUUUAAUAUAUAUAAUUUCGUUGUAAAUCGUCUCUGGACAUAUCGGUUGGUAGAUUCGGUUAUUAAUUUUGCGCUUAUCGAUAUCAGUCACAAAACAUAGAUCUAUGAGUUUGCGGCCGACAAAGAACAAUAUUCCGAGCACGUGAUCGGUAUAAGAGAAUCACUUUUCUCCUGUCUACUUGUCCAGCGUAGAUAGAAUAGUAUUUUUUAUUUCUUUAAUAAUUUUUAAUUUCCUACAUUUUUUAAAUCUUUGUUAUAUAAUAUUUUAAUCCAUUAAAAUUUAAUUUCGGGGAAACCCCUUUUUCUUUCCUUUCUUUUUUUUCCCCCUCUAGUUGGGGUUAUACAACUAGUGGCGCCCAAUAACUUCGGUUUAUAGUUCUUUGUGAUCACCCACGCCCAACACCCAGAGCCGGCUGGCACCAACUUGUGUUACUUAGGUAACAUAUUUUGGCGCCCAACGUGGGGCCACGUUUUCUGAAUUGUGUGGGAAUUUGUCGUUGAGUUAGAAAUAUUCGGGUUGGCCGUUCUGGUCGUUAUUACUGUUAAAAGAUGGAUCCACAUCGGUUAGGUCGUGAUGAAUUAAGAUAUGAGCUAUUAGUAAGGGGUUUUUCCGAUGUUAGGGCAGAAACAUUGAGCUCGUUGCGGAGGAAAUUGUCUGAGCUGCUGCGUACCGAGUCAUUCGGGGAACUCGUCUUAGAUAGUAGCGUAAAGUUAGAUAGGGUGGAUGAAUUAAGAAUUGUCAACACGAAAGUGGUUGAAUUAAAGCAUUCGUUGGAAGCCGUAGCGCGCUUGCAAAAAAAUAGUAAUGACCACCGAGUUUUUGAAAGCAAGUUACGCCAUCUGUACGGUCGGGUAAUUCGGGUGCAGCAGUCUCUUAGCUCGGAAACACCUGACGAAGCUGUCGAAAACGCUAUCGCCAACAUCCUUCAGGAAUUGGAUGACAUAGACAUGUCCCUGAACUUAAAACUCUCGAGUGCCGACCCUUCUGUAGCGAUGGGAAGUUUGCCAUCCCCAAUAGUGGAGGGCGCCCAGGGUUUGCCGGUUCAGGUUCGUAGUCAUCCACAACCACCAGUACCGGUUUAUAAAUGGGGCAUCACUUUUACCGGAGAGAAGGACGGACUAAGCGUGAAUGCGUUUAUUGAACGGGUGGAGGAGUACCGAGUGGCACGCUCCUGUACCGAGGCCCAACUGACCGACUCAAUUAUAGAUUUGUUGGGAGGUAGCGCCCUCAUUUGGUACCGGUCGGUUCGGGCGGAAAUUUCGACAUGGACGGAUUUUGUGCAACGGUUGCGGGCGGAGUUUUUGCCCUUCGAUUACGAAACGGAUUUAUGGGGCGAGAUCCGAUCACGGGUUCAAAGCUCGUCUGAACGCGUGGGCAACUAUUUCGCUUGCAUGGUGAAUUUAUUUAAUCGUCUCCCCACAAAACCUACCGAGGAAGAGAAACUAAAAGUAUUGCGUCGGAAUAUUUCCCCAUAUUAUAUCCGCGGUCUCGGGCUGAGCGAUGUAACGAGCGUCCAGCACCUCUUAGAACUUUGCAAAAAGCUGGAAGUUUCUAAGCAAUAUGCUUCUGUCACUCGUCCGGCAAUAAAUCAGGUAAAUUUAUUAGAGCCAGACCUUGCAGGUCCCGGAACUUCGGAGCCAGACAUUAAACUUGAGCCGAUCGAGAGUGUCUGUUGGAACUGUAACGAGCGGGGACACUACUUUUCCGGAUGUAAAAAGCCGCGAAGACAAAGGUUUUGCUAUCGAUGUGGGAAGAAAGAUGUGGUAAAAAGUCAGUGCUCUUGCAGUUCGGGAAACGCGGACGGGGAUCGUGGAAAAGCCGGACCACGAUCUCAGCAGUAACGGGAGCAACGGCGGAUAAUUCAUGGCAGGAGUGGCUUAACCUUAUUCGUACCGAAUUUAAAAAGGCCAAGAUUGAAGCGCUUUUCGCAAAGCAGACGGGGGAUCCGCGACCCUAUUUAGACGUAUCGAUACACGGAAUUAAGUUCUCUGCGUUGUUGGAUUCGGGAGCCACUCAAACGGUAUUAGGUUGUAGUGGGUGGGCUAAAGUAAGCUCAUCCGGUGUAGUUUUAGAACCACCAAGUAGUGUUUCAGUUAGGGUUGCAAAUGGGGAAUGUUGCAAGGUUAUGGGGUCGGCCAAUUUGCCAAUUGUUUUGAACGACCGCGUGAAGUUAAUUAAGGUAUUGGUGGUGGCCAAUUUAGAGAGUGAUCUCAUCUUGGGAAUUGACUUUUGGAAGGACAUGGAUAUUAUCCCUUGUUUUCGGACUAAUCGUUAUUGUUUCGGCUCGAGACAAAUACCGGAUCACAUAUCAGCAAUCGCUGAUAAAAAGGUUUCGGAACAAGGGUUGUUAAAGUUUAAAGAAAUGAUAGGACAGUUCUUUGAAAGAAUGGGGUCGGAGCUAGGGUGUGCACGAGGCAUACAACACAAAAUCACCGUGGGUGAUCACCAACCGAUUAAACAGCGGUACUAUCCCGUGUCGCCGUUCAUUCAGGAGAAAAUUAAUGAGGAAGUGGAUAAAAUGCUUACUCUAGGCGUAAUUGAACCGUCGCGGUCGGCGUGGUCUUCACCAGUUGUGAUGGUGAAGAAGCCAAAUAACGAGUAUCGGUUCUGUAUAGAUUUUCGGAAGGUCAAUCAGAUUACCAAACGCGAUGCCUAUCCACUUCCCUACAUCAACACUAUCUUGGAUCG